AUGUAUAUUUAUAUUAUCAUAGUUGCUAUCACAUUCAUCAUCUGCUCUAUUGGAGUCUCGUUAAACGGAAUUGUUAUUUGGCUUCUUGGAUUUCGAAUUAAGAGAAACCCUUUCACUGUGUUGAUUCUGAAUUUAGCUAUUGCCGACUUUGUCUUUCUCGCAAUUUGGGAAAUACUUUGCAUUUAUUAUUUUAUAGUUUAUAUACAUUUUAUACCAUUAGGAAUUCCCCUGAUGAUCCUCAUUUAUCUUUCCGACAUCUUCUAUGUCAACGGUCUCUUUCUUCUGGCAGCCAUCAGCAUUGACCGGUGUGUGUGUGUCCUCUUCCCAAUCUGGCAUCGCUGUUCCCGGCCAAAAUAUUUGUCCCCUGUUGUGUGUGUCCUCAGUUGGAUCUGCUCUUGCCUCCUGAUUGGAAUUCUGAACAUUAUGGAAUUUGUAUUUAAUUCUGAUGGCUUCGCAAAUCUCUAUUUGGUUGUGACUGCCGUGCUUUGCCUUCCAUCGAUUAUAAUUUCGACUCUGAUCCUAUUUGUCAAAAUAUGUCUUAAACCGAAACAGAUCAAACGUAGACAACUGUUAGUGAUGACCCUCAUUACUCUUCUCUGUUUCCUUAUUUUUAAUCUUCCAUUAAAUAUUUUGGGGUUGUAUGCUCUUUAUUCGUACAUGGGAUUUUAUUUUCAAGGAUUUCGCUUGUAUCACUUGAUGAUUUUGGGUGGUUCCCUAAACAGCACUUUUAACCCAGUGAUCUAUUAUCUGGUUGGGAGAAAGAGACGAGCUCAGACCAGGGAGAGCAUCAAGAUCGUUUUUCAAAGAGUCUUCAAGGAAGAUGAAGCUCCUGAAAGCAGAGAGAAAUCUACAAACAGAGUUUCAACCCCUCUGUAA